AUGGGACUUUCAAACUGCAGUAUCACUGAAGAAGGUUAUAAAGCUCUGGCUUCAGCUCUGAGAUCAAACCCUUCACACCUGAUAGAGCUGGAUCUCACAGGAAAUGAUCCUGGACAAUCAGGAGUGAAGGAGCUCAAUGAUUUACUACAGGAUCCAAACUGUCAACUCAACACACUGAGGUUUUUGGGUCCUGCUGCAGAUGAAGCCUGUCAGUAUGUGACUGGAAUUGUGGGUAAAAACCCGUUACUCCUGAGAGAACUGAAUCUGAGUGAACAUGAACUAGGAGACACACGAGUGAAUCAGAUCGCUGCUCUACUGCAGGAUAAACACUGUCAAAUCAACACACUGAUUCUGUGUGAUUGCAGUAUUACAGAGAAACAGUGUCUCAUCCUGACUUCAGCUCUGAAAUCAAACCCAUCACACCUGAGAGAACUGAACCUGAGCAGGAAUCGACUAACAAACACAGGAGUGAAUCACUUAUGUGACGUACUGAAGGAUUCACACUGUAAACUGGAGAGAUUGAGGUCAGUAACAUUCACAUACAAGAAUCAAAAUGAUUAAAAUCACUUCAACAGUUUAAACCAAAACACUUUAUAGUAUCUAACGAUGUCUACAGAAGCUUCUUAAACGAGCUCAUCCAGUAAGUAAAACUGUUAAAGUGUGGAAUAAAGAGUCUUCAACAUGUUUUACACUAAACAAUACUUUUGGAUUGAACUAUUUUUAGAGAUUACCACAA